GCUGAAGAUUGACGAACUUCGCUAAAUAAAUUUGGUUUAGGCGGGAAUUACAUUUCAUUGCGGCGGGAAGCGACCCAAAGUUGAAAAUAUUGGCGACGGAACAGGUCGUCGCGAGAUCUAUGCAUGUCGUCGUCACUCGUCACUAGGAAUUCUUCAUUUGAAUCAAUCUCAUUUCUCACCGAUGCCCUUUGGCUCUCUCUGGUUUUUUCUCUCGCUCUGUGCACCUUGCUUUUAAUAACAGAAUUUUUUGCACGAGCGUUCUCUCCAGUUCGCCGUUACAGUCGCCGUCGCCGUGAGGGCUCUCUGGCUGCAGGCAUUUCUUCAAUCUCUUUCUUUCGUUAUUCAGAGAAAGAACCAAGACGGCCUGUCUGCAGUACUUGUUUGUAGCACAACUAAGGCAAGAUGAAGGUUGCUAGACCAAGGAAGAGGAAGAAAGUUGAGGUCCAUACAAGGCUCAAUUCAUGUACCGACUGCAAUGGAGUCCAGAAAUUUACAAAGAGAACUAAUGUGCUGGAUCCGAAGGUGAUAGGCCACAACAGCAAUAUUUUGGUUGAAAAAGACAAUAACUCUCGCACUUCUAAGACAGCUCAAAAAUUGAGUCAGCAGUUUCCAGACAAAGCUGCACAUUUGAUGGAGACCACAAAAAAUGUAACCAUGCUCAAGCUUGGGUCAGGAAAUACACUAGAUCCGUCUGUAAAGAUUAAGAUGCAGCUUUUCCCAAUAGAUGAAAACACUCGCAUAGGAUUGGAAAAGGAUGGCCAUAAUCCAUAUCUGGAACUCACUCUAAGACCUCGGAAGAAGAUAUCCUCUGUACUUAAGCAUCUCAAUAGCAAGUGGGGCAGUUCAAGCAUAGCUCUAGGGGCCCUUACGCUUUUUCCUUACAACACCUCACCAGAAUGUCCUGUUAGCUGCAGAACAUGGACUUUGGAUGACAAUGUUAGUAGUGCAGGAGAUGUCUAUGCCGCUAUUGGAAAUCCUGCCAUUUUCCGCUUAAGGUAUGGCUGGUUCUCAAAGUUUGAGCCUAAAGCUUCUCACAUCCCUCUCCCAUCCACCUCCUUUGAAGCAUUUUCGCACCAUAAGGGCACCCAAGAAGGUUGUGGAGCAGAUACAGAGACUAAAUCUGACAGAAAGAAGCAGGAAGAAGUAGCAGGUGAAGACAUUAGACCACUAGAUAAAAGUACCGCAACAAAUGUGCUUAUGGCUGGCCAGAUGUCUUCAGAUAUGCAGCUUGGUCUUAAGGAUGAUGAAGGGAGAACAGAAAAUGGUCUUUCACUAACAUCUGCACUAUGGGCUGAUAGUCUAACUAAUAUCAGCAUUGGAGGCCUGCUUUCCGAAGCAUCGUUGCAGGGAAAGUUCAAUAAUUGCGAUCCAAAGUUAACUCAAAGCAAUUCGAGCUUGCAGACUGCUCAGAUUAUCUCUGAUUCCUUUGAUGCUUUCGUGGCUGGCCAAAAGAACACCCAUUCUCAAGGCCUGAGGCCAUCCUCUCGAGCCCAAAACUUAUCUAUUUUGGAUGCAGAAGAAACAUGCCAUGCAUUUCCAUUUCAAAAAUUCUCUUCAUCUGGGAAAGACGCACUGCCUUCAUGUCAAACUGACGCUGGCGAUCAGGAUACUAGUUCGAAGUCAUUCAAAUUUCCUAAUGUUGCUGAGGUCAACGGCCAGUCGAGGCUUGUGCAGGAUAAUUCCUGUCAAGAAUCCAAACCAGACAUGUUAUCUUGUUCGCGGCUGUACAAUGAUGAAAGUAGCCUUGGGCUGACAGGGAUCAAUUGGAAUGAUUCUUUGGGACCCUUUGACCUUGGACUUUCCUCACGGCGAAUAAUCAAUGGAGACAGUGUUAGCUUCAGCAAAUUUGUGGGUUAGCAGUUCACCCUGCUGGAAAUGAAAGCUUCUUUUCUCUUAGUUGUAAGAAAAUUUGUGAGCUGGGAAAUUGCUGAACAAAUUGCUCAAUCAAGCGCUCGUGUCCUGACAUUUGAUGAGGAAGUUGCCAUCUCCAUCAACCCGAGGGACUGUAAUUCAUACCAAGCUUUAGUGGCUUCCUUCAUUGUUUGUUUUGAGCUGCACCUAUUACCAUAGAUUUGGAUAUUGUUGAAGUUGCUAGUGAAGCUGGUAGUUGCGCAGCGGCAGAUGUAAUUAGGAAUAUGCUAAAUUUUUUUUCAUGGGACACUGAAGAAUGUAAGUAAUUGGGCAUAUACAUACAUAUGAAUCAUGUAUCAAAGUGACCUGCCUAUAAAGCUGGGGGUAACAAGAAUAUAGCCCCUACCCUUGAUUCACGUUCUAAUCA